AUGAAUGGCUCGCAGUCGCGCAACCCGUCCGACUCGGCCAUGCAUGACGCUCGAGGCAGGAAGCCCUCGCUGCCACAAGGCCAACCGACUGCCACCAACACAAUGACCCGUGCCGAGCGCUUCGAGGAUGAGAAACGACGCAUGGUUGAGAGCUGCUUCUCCAAGCUCGACCAGAAUGGACAGUUGGCCGAGUCGUACAUUACCCACAUUCGCAUAACUGAAGAUGCCGCCCAUCCCUCGACCCCUCCUCCGCCGACCUCUUCUCCUGACAACAAGAAGCCUCGCGUCAUCGUCGUCGCUGUCCGUAGCACUGGCCGUGUUCGUAUGCACAAGGCGCGUGAGAACAACAACGGCUCCUUCUCCAUUGGCAAAACCUGGAAUCUCGAGGAUCUGUCUGCCAUUGAGUCUUUCGCUCACCCUGAUCCCAAUGCUCCUCCACCUAAGCAGAACCAUUACCAAUGGGCCAGUAACGUAGGCUUCGUCGUCACCAUCUCGAAACCCUACUACUGGCAGGCUGCCACGUCCAAAGAGAAGGAUUUCUUCGUUGCUAGUCUGGUCAAGAUCUACCGCAAAUACACAAAAGGCCAAGUUCCUGAUCUUCGUGGCUUUGAUCCUCGUGAUGUAGAACAGAUGCUAGGUCUGGCACCUGGCCAACAACAAGCACCGCGGAGUUCGCCUGCUGUCCAGGAUCGACAGGCUCCUCAAAACAACCCUCCUCCUCCUCGUCCGCCUUUUGCCGAACAGCAUCGUCCCUCGUCUCAGGACUCACGUCAACGCUUCCGACCUGAAAAUGGAGAGCCUCUUCCGCCGGGAGGUUUGCAACCCCAGUCUCGGCCUCCACAGGACAGGGGUUUGCGACAACAGCCUAGCCGAGAGCGCAUGCAAAAGCCCAGUCGUGAACCCAUGCGUGCUCCGAGUCGUGAGCCCAUGCGUGCCCCAAGCCGUGAGCCUGGUCGUGCUCAAAGUCGCGAGCCUACGCAAAGAGGUGCUGCUCCUCCACCACUGAACAAUGGUCCACCUCCCGGUGCUCGAUCUCGUCUGACUCCCAAGUCUUCGAGGGCCGAGUUGCAGCAUCCACCCGUGUCUGAAUCGCCCAAUGCCUCCUUUGCAUCAUCGAUCAGAUCAAACCCUAACAUCUCCGAUCAACCUUCAGCGCACUUGAAUCAGCCAAAUGAACAACCUGGAAAGUUAGCACCGGCUCGUGCCGAAGGGCGCCAGCAGAGUUAUCAAAGCGUACGGAGCGAGCGAAGCAUUCAAAGUCAGCGUAGCCAUGAGUCUACGGAAGGAGCUCCGACUGAAGUUAGUAUGUUCACAUCAACUCUGAAUCAGUGGAAGCCUCCUUCGCGCGAAGUCUCGCCGAUGAGACAACCCUCUCCUAGGAAACCUUAUCCUACUACUGUUGAUCCUACCGAGCCUCGGCCCUCAGUAUUCGAAACCCUGAAGAACCAGCGGCAACCAGGUGCUGCAAGCCAACGGGAGAGAGAACCAUCAAUCACUCCUCCUGACCAGUCUUCUAAUGAUAUCCAAGUUCCCCCUGAGCGAAAACGGCCGUUCAUGGCAGGUCGGAACUACAGCGCAGGACCAAGCGAGAAUGAUCUAGACUCAGAGGCAUUACGCCCGCCUCCACUUUCGACUAGCAGAAAUGUUUCCGGUGCUAGCACAAACAUCAGCACCGUUGCUACAGUCGGUCGUCCUUCAAGUCCUCGUGGCCUAGGGAUCGAAAAGUUCUUGCCCCCACAAUCCACUUCUGAUAACAUACCUGGUGCUUUCUACGAUACGCCAACAGCCUCGAGUGCUGACGUGUCAUCCCAAGCUCUGCCGCCACAGCCAGAGACCAGAGAGCCAGAACCUGUACAGGCCCCAACUCUGCCGUCCAUACAACCAGAGGAGAUACCGCCUCCGGUACCCGAAUCCAGAGAUGUUUUGUCAGAUGAGGAAGAGCAUCGCCCCGGACUCGGACCCAUGAUCAAGAAGAAGACCGGCCCCAAACUCGCAGACGCCCUUCGAAAAGCUGCAGUCGCCCAGGGUGCAUUCAAGCCUCGUGCUGGCGGUGCUGCUGAGCGAAUGAGAGCCAUGGCAGAGGCUGCUACGAAGGGACAAGGACCUGACGGUAUCACUGGCGUCGUUCCGGCUCCUCUGCGAAAGAUGAGCGUGGAUACCGGUAAAUCAGAGCUGCCAGUAUCUCCUGUGAAGCCCGAAUUUCCUCCGUCUGUGGCUGAAGUUGCGCCUGAAUCAGAGGCCCAAGGUGCAGAUACCGAGAUCUUACCUAAGGUUGCAAAUGAAAACGAGCAAACUCAUAAACCUGUCGAUGGAGCCGCUGUAGAAGGCUACUUCCCACAACCCGAACCAGAGCAACAGCCAAAACAACCCGAAGUACCAGUGGUGGCUCCAGAGCCCAGACGACCAAAACGUAGAUCAGCGCAGCAAGAGAACCAUCUUCGUUCACUCAACAUCGACCCAAGGUUGCUUGACGGCAGAGGCAUCCAAUUCGAGUCCAUCCUCUCUGAUUUCGGUUGGGGUUCUGGCCUGUUGAAAGGAAGGCAACUAGAAGAUCUGGAGGCCGAUCUCAAGCGCGAGUUAGGCCGUGUUGAGGCUGGCAGCUGGCUGGGUCAUCUUGAACAGAAAGACGAUCGAGUUGAUGUCGUCGACCAAAUGCUUGACCGAGCAAUUGCAGAAUGUGAUGAACUUGACGGGCUUCUCACCAUCUACUCUGCGGAACUGAGCACUCUCAAUGAUGAUAUUGCUUUCAUCGAGGCGCAAUCGCAGGGUCUUCAAGUACAAACCGCUAACCAGAAGAUUCUACACACUGAGCUGCAGAAGUUGGUCGACACUAUCUCCAUCUCACCACGUCAACUAGAGCCAUUGCGACACGGAGAUUUCGGCAAUCCAGAAGCUCUUAUGUCAGUGGAGUCAUCACUGCUUCUUCUUUACAAGGCUAUGGCUACUAUCGACCCUUCUGUGCGUUCAACAAAUGCUAUGAGACCUGCAACUGGCCUUGAUGCCAGCGACGUUGGUACUAUGAAUGCUCUGCAGGAGAAGCGUAACGCAUACAUGCGCGAGAGUGCUGAAUUCUGUCAACGCCUGAUGCGCUACUUGGAUAAUACUUUCGCGUCAGCACUUGCGGCUGCCAAACCCGUGCUCAUGCAACAUCCUGGUGGUAUCGGAAAUGCCGCAAUGAAACUCAACGGCCCAGGGUUCAAUUUGGCUCGUGCCAAUCUUUGGCAGUUCAGCCCAUUGCUGCUCUUCACUAAGGAGACCAAUAUGGCUGCAUGGCAAAGCACUCUCCGCAUGUAUCAUACCAAGGCUCGUCCUCUGUACAGUGAUGUCUUCCGAGACAAUACCAACAACUGGAAAAGGGGUGCUCGCACGGCUGGUGGCGAAGCGACUGAGCUGCUCUUCACCUCGGUCGAGAAGGAAACUUCGGAAGGUCUUACCAGUACUGCUCGUAAACUAACAGUGAAGCGAUCGCAAACAUUGGCUAAAUCUUUCCGAUCAGCUGGUGCUGGUGGCGAUAAGCCGACAACUAUUGACAGAGCGCAACCUGGACGUAUGGCUCCAUUCGAGGUUUUCAAUGGGGUGCUUGAAGAACAAAUUCCACUAAUCUCCAUGGAGCAAAACUUCCUUGUUGAUCUCUUCCACGCCACCAGUCUCGAGAACAUUGACUUUGCAGAUGCAGUGGUGGCUAAUGUCCCCGAAGCACGCGUGGGCACUGAUCUCACUAGCAGACGUCUGAUGGAACCUGACCGAGCUAUGGCACGACGUGUAGCUGAUGUCAUGGAAGAAACAUUCGGAUUCUGGAAAGACGAAUUAAGAACCCUCAUGGAAUGGGCAAACGCUGGCGACCCUAUCCAGGGUGUCGGUGUCCUCACUGUUCUGGCUUUGCACAUAUACCGCUUGCAAGAAACAUCGCAAGAGUUCUUGCUUCACAACCUCAAUGAGGUUUCCUCACGCUUGCAGACGCUCUUUCAGAAGUUCGUCGAUGAACAGAUUCACGCCAUUGAAGAUACAAAGGUCAAGAUUAAGAAGCGCAAGGGUGUCAUUGCUUUCAUGAAAAUCUUCCCCUUGUUCUCGAACGCUGUUGAAGGUACAUACCUCUCGGCUGCAAGAGAGUAUGAUGGUCAUGCAGCGGUUCUCGGUGCUCGCCAACUUAUUGAUGACGCAUACAUUCGCAUUAAUAGAGCUAUGUGGGAUUCUCUCAAGGUCAUUGCUAGAGAAUCGCCGACUGCUACCGGUGCUGCUGCAUCUGCUACAACGGCACAUGGCCUCGAAUACGAAGACAAGGAGAUCUUGAACUACCACAUUCUCUUGAUCGAGAACAUGAACCACUACAUUGAGGAGGUAGAUGAUGGUGGCAAGGAAGGCUCGAUACUCGCCGAGUGGAAAGCAAAGGCCCUGAUGGACCGCGCUGAACAUAUGGAAGAAUAUGUCGGCCGUGUCGUCCGAAGGCCGCUGGGCAAGAUCAUUGACUUUAUCGAAGGUGCAGAAGGCUUGUUAAACCAAAAUAUGUCUGGCCCGAAUAUCGCAGCCCGACCACUCUACUCACGCCACAACACCAAAAAGUUGCUCGCUUCACACGACGGCAAGAGCAUACGCAGCGGCAUCGACACGCUGCGCAAACGCAUCGAAAAGCACUUUGGUGAUGCAGACGAAGAACAACUGUCACGACAAAUGGUUUCUAUGGUGUGCAAGGAGUGCGAGCGCCGCUAUGAUAAUGUUCUUGAUAGGCUGCAGAAGUGUUGCAAUGUAUUGUACAAAGAGGACGAGAAGGGCGUGACGAUUGAUUGGAGCAAAGAAGAUACGAAAGAAGGCUUCAAAAGGAUUUGA